AUGCUCUAUUCGAAGGAAAGCAUUCACAAAAUUGUACAAUCAACCCAACACCCCGUCGUUCAAAAGUAUCUAGAAGAGUUUUUGGUGUUAUUACGUGAUAAGAUCGAUGAAUAUACAACCGAAUUGACGGAUCAAUCGUUGAGUUGUCCGCCAGCAUUAUCGCCGUUGGACAUCAUCGAUGGAAGAUUGAAAGAGUUCGUUCGUUUACAUCAUCUUGAUUUUAUCAGAGCAAUUCGUUAUCGAAUACACAAAUUCAAAGCUGACAUUCAUGAAAAACAGCUCGGCAAAGAAUUGUCGUAUUAUUUUUCGAAUGUCGAUCAACUCGAACCAAUCAAUCGAUUGACAAGUAUCUGA